AUGGCUGUGGAGCAGGGUUUUACCAAAGCCCAGUCCGAUAAUUUGCCAAUCAUUUCAGAAGAUAUGAUAGUUGAUUUUUUUAAAGAGAAUUUGGAUUUCUUGUCAGCUGAAAUCAAAGGAGUCAAAGCUGAGAAAUCUACUCGAGGUUCUUAUGCCGAUAAUGCUGUCGGAUAUGUGCAGGUGAGGCAUCUUGGAGAUGUUUGCACAGUUAAAGCCCGAAUGACCCCUGAGUAUAACGUACGGAAAAAAGCUUAUGGUGUCUCUCUUGAUUGCAAUGAGGCAGAACACAAAAUUCUGUUGGUGCAGUGUGAUGGAUGUGCUGUCCGUCAAGGUGGUUCCAUCAACCACGGAGUCCCAAUGUUAUUGGAAAAAAUCCAAUUUGUCAUGUGUUGGGACAUCCAACAAAUUUAUCUAUGCACGCCAGAUGGGAAAAAAAACAUACCAGAUCUUCCACCAAAGGAGCCAACAGUUGUAGAAGAAUUCAUGGCACUCCUAGAUGAAACCGGCGUCACUGAUUUACAACUAUGCAGCAAUUUUUCCACAACUGCUUUGAAAGAAAACUUAUCUUUGCACAUUUUAAAAAUGAAUUUUCAAGAAGCAAAUGCAGGAGGAUCUGCAGAUGAAUUUUUACUUUUCAUUCAGAGUAAAAUGACUUCAGCUCUAUGUCAAGAAGCUGAAAAUGCUUCUAGAUAUCAGGCCAAAAGUAGUAAGUGGCAUGAACUCAGGUACGGAAGAAUUACCGCCUCCAAGAUCCACGAAGCAUCUAGAUGCAAAACCUUCGAUGGUAGCCUGGUUGAAGCAUUGUUGGGAGCAAAAUUUAAACUAAAUGCAGCAAUAAAAAGGGGAACGCUUCUUGAGAAGGAUGUGCUGAAUGAAUUGAAGAAGCGGCACCGGUCUAUUAAACCAUCUGGUUUCCUCAUGAAUGCCGACUAUCCCUUUGUGGGUGCUUCUCCUGAUGGUGUAACAAAAGACUUUGUAGUGGAAAUAAAAUGCCCAUCCACUGAACAAACGAUGGGGACUUACUUUAAAAAUG